AACUUUCCGGUUCUAAAAUAAAAUGAUGAGAAAAGUUACCAAAUCCAAAAAAACAUUACAGUCCUCAAAGCAUAACGUCCCCGACACAGAGAAUCUCUGCAAGAGAAACUCCAACCACUCUCUCUCUAUAUAUACAACUUUCUCUGUCUAGAAACCUUUCAGUAGCCAUGGAGAUCCCAGAAAAGCUUAUGAAAUUUAAGCUCCACAUCGCUUUUGCUUCCGCUUUCUCUCUCAUCAGUUUCUCUCUCGUCUAUCUAGCCCCCAGAUUCGUCGACGUUCUGGCCUACUUCUGGCCUCUCCUGGUCUCUACGGCUAUGUUUCUCGUCGCCGUCGUCCUCUUCGGCCGGACAUCGCCGCCGGUGAGUGAAGAUUCCGGUGAGAAAACCGGUGCAGUGCUCUUGGAUUUCGUGGCGGGGCAACCGGAAGUAGUACUAGAAAGCGAGGGAAGUUACAACUCUGAGGAGUAAAGCUUGUGGCUAUAUAUGUAAUUUCACUUUCUCUUUCUACAGUCUACUCUACGUUCUUUCUCUAUCUUCGUCUUCAGUUUGGUUUGUCGACGUGAAUUGUAAAUUACGGUAAUAAUAAUAGAGGUAGUUAUCAUUGUGAAUGAGAGUAGAGCAUAUUUAAGUAGAGUAGGGUCAUCUUUCAAUUUUGUUUGAAUCUGGAAUUUUGGAUUUGGUUGA